UGUGUGGAGUGAGUGUUGUGUAAUUUGUGGCAUGAAAAAGGUGUAACCGCAGUAGUUUGAUGUGUGCUAUUGUUGUUGUUUUUGGACUGUGUCUUGUGUGUCGCCUGCCGCUUUUAUCACAUGGUCCUGUGUUCGAUGGUUGUGUCUAAGCGCGCAUCUUCCUUUGUGGCGUCUACUAGGGUGGAUUCCGAUUGCGAUGUAUCUCCAGUUUCCCACCAAUGGCCGUUCAUUGAAUCCGAAGUCCGUCGUAUUCUUGGUUCAUGUCAUAUAUUCAGUUCUGGCAGUGAGGUGGUGUUGUGUGAUUCCAAGGUUACAAAGUGGUUACGAGUACUGUCGACUCUACACUCCCGCAUGGGUCGUAUGAGCGCAGGUAAUCAGAUUAUGGUUUGCGGCAGUGGCGACAUUGCAGCAUGUGAAAUGAUUAAAGCAAUCGAUGAAGCAGUUGAACGAGUACUUAUGGAAGUUUAUAUUUUUGAUGACUCACGUUUGGCUGCAAGAUUUGUCACGGCGCUGGUGAAUGCUUCGAGAAGAGGAUGCAGGGUUACCCUUGUAGUUGAUUACGUUGGUUCGUUCAAGUUUCCCUCGUUAUAUCUCAACGAGUUAACAAAAUACGGAGUUGAAGUUCUCACAUUCAAUCCUGUUACCGACAGAAAUCUAGCCGUCGGGACAUUUCCUUUUCGCAACCACAAAAAAGUCCUUAUAGUAGACAAUCGCAUUGCUUUUUGUGGUUCUAUGAAUAUUUCUGCGGACUCUACGACUCCUAUGAUGGGAGGAAAUGGUAAUUUUUAUGAUGUCAACAUUCGAGCUUGUGGUCCUGUGGUCUGCGACUUCGUGGAUAUAUUUAAAAGGACCCUGGAAAUGACUGAUUAUGACAUUAGCAAUAUUAGAUGUACCCCUGCAACUCCAAUCGAGGGGGGUGUUAUAGUACAGGUACUUGAAUCUGAUGUGUCUAGAAUUAGGAGGCGCACAGGUAUUCAAUCAUAUCUUUCGACUUUAAUAUCCAACGCUGAAAACAACAUAUACUUAACAACGAGUUAUUUUUAUCCCCCCGGAUUUCUUCGCCGAUGUCUUAUGGACGCUAUAAAGCGUAAUCUCAGCAUUCACAUGCUGUUAUCAGGCAAUUCAGAUAUACCUGGUGAUGUUAACGCUACUAUGCAUGUUCUUAGGAAGUUUUUCAAAAGGAUAUCAGAGCAGACAUUGCAUAAAUUUAAGGUAUUUAUGACAACCCAAGAACAUUGCCAUGGGAAAUAUAUGAUAGUAGAUGAUUUAUGGAGUUCUGUCGGUAGUUUCAAUUGGGAUAGAUGGUCUAGUAGACGAAACCUAGAGGUGUCCGUUAGUGUGUUUGACCCUAUAACAGCAUUACAACUCAAAAGUUUACAACAAAAAAAGGAAAAAAAAUCCAUAGAAUACACAAAACAAGAUUGCUUAAACCGUCCUAUAAUGUUAAAAUGCUUUGAUGCACUUAUUCAUAAGCUAAUCAGGUUUUCUUCACGGAACUGUUUUGAUGGCCUUUCAAGUGCCGAAUUCAAGGCCAAGUUCAAGAAAGCAUUUAUUCGUACGUUCAUAGACGAUAAUGCUAGCCAGAUAGUGGCUAUAUCAAAUAUGGCAUCUGUCUAAUUUGGGGAUGAUGAAGAAAGACAAAACAUGAAUCCUUGAAUUAUAUCACUAUUUUUCG